UAGCUUAUGUUUUGAACCGUUGGUUGUCUUUAUAUUAAUGUAUUUGACGAUUUUCUAAUGCAGGCGUGAAGCCACAAAAGCUACAAAUAUGUGACAGUUUAAAAUGAUUUUUUUCUUUCUUGGUUAAGUUAGCAUUUAAGGUUAGCUAAACAGCAUUAUCGACCCUGUCCAAAGCUAUAGUUCUCCUGAGUAUGCAGCAAAGAAAAACGCGAAGGUUUUCAUCGAGCAGCAGCUCUUCUGCCUGCACCAUGUCCGAGAGAGCCACCAAAGACAAACUCAAGCGAAGUCUGUCUUUGUCCAAGACCAAGAAGAAAGCCGAUGCCAAAACUGGGAUUUCUGCCAGUGCAGCCACCACAACUCCAAUCACGUCGUUCUUCAGCAGCCAGCCUCCACCCAAGCUGGCCUGCCCCCUGUGUGGCCAGUUGGUACCAAGAUUCAAGAUCAAUGAUCACAUUGAUUUGCAAUGUCAGAACUUUGAGAGAGGAGACAGCAGUGCCGCAACAGCAAGUAAUAGUGUUGUGGCAAGCAUCCAGCUGUCACCCAGAAGGAAUCCCCAGAAGUCCCCAGAGCCGGGUCCAAACAGAGAACAAGAGGUCAAAGAGACCAAUACCAGCCCUUAUUUCAAAAAGACUAACUUUCAGCAGGCACCACGGGAGAUAAACCGUAAAGGCGUGGUCAGGACGAUUGACCUGGGAAGCCUCUCCUCCAAGUUAUCGAGGAUAUCUUAUAAGGGACCUGAGAGGACACAGCCAGAUAAUAAACAUGCACCAACGUAUCCUGAAAAGGAGAUCUAUUCUUCUGAGACUCUCUGUAGCAGCUCACAGAAGGAAAAUCUUCUGAUUGAUACUUUAGGAGAUAAAAACGACUGUUUGACAACAACCAGUGCAGACCCUCCACUAGCUGUGGAAAAUCUGUCAUGUCCAGAUAAAAGACACUAUCUUGAACACAAAGCAUCUAAAUCAGAGACUGUGCAAAAACUGCUUACUCCAAAGCUGCAUGCUUCUUCCUCCAAACUAGCAAAGAGAAAAAAGGAAACAACUUCCACCGGUAGGGGGUCUUAUUUGAGAAAGAAAGCAAAAUAUGAGGGGAGCAGCAGAGAGACAGAGGAGGUGUUUUCUAAUGAAAGUAUAGCAGAGGCAACUGAUACGGCCCAGCUUAAAGCUGAGGUACCUUCUACUACUACUUGUGACCCCCCCCUGAGUUCACAGGAAACAUAUGAGAAAAGUGAUGCAGCGGUCAAUAAUGAUUCACUGCCAGAGUCUGGUCACGAGAACGGCACUAGUGACCAUGCUGCUGAGAGCUCACCCCCCCCACGGCUUCCCUACUACCUCCGUAACUUCCGGACCGUACUACAAGCUGUGCUGGAGAAUGAGGACGACAGGGCAUUGUUCGACCAGCAUGAUAUGUCAUUCGUACAUGCAUUUGAGAAGCUCUCAGUCAUGGGGCAGAAGCUCUAUGUGAGACUCUUUCAGAGGAAACUGAAGUGGCUCCAAGUAAAUAAACUGGAUUAUGAAGAGAUAUGCAGUGAUCUGGGACCUGUUGCUGAGGAGCUGGUUCGAGGUGGUUUUCUACAGACAGAAAAUGACCUCCAGGAGUUAAGCGAGGCUCUGGAUCUCCUGCCUGCUCCUGAACUCAAAGCUCUGGCUAAGACGUUCCAUCUGGGCAAUUCUGGGACUCAGAAACAGCAGCUAGUGGAUGGACUUCUCCGUCUGAGCAGGCAAAAAUCCCUCUUCUCUCUGACCUCUGCACAAAACAACAUUGGGGCUGUCAUUCUCAAAAGGGCAAAGCAGCUUGCAGGUUUCUGUGUUCUUUGUCUUGGUCCUCGGGCUGUCUUCUCUCGCAUCCUUCUACUCUUCUCUCUGACGGACACCAUGGAUGAGGAGGAGACGGCAGCUGGUGGGCAGAACCAGCUCUUCACCAUCCUGCUGGUCAACUCAGGACGCCUGGCCUUCCCAGACUACACAGUGCAGCGCGCAUCCAAGGUGUUCAGGGACAGAGAGGAUCUUAUCAGAUAUGAAGCCUCCAUGCGAGCCCUGCAAGAGGUAGUCUCAGCUAUGCAGGGAGGUCAGUGGGAAGAGGCCAUGCAGCUUUAUAGUGCUGCCAAAAGUGCCUGGCAGGAACUGAGGAAAAAACAUGACCUCAGUCACCAGCAGGAGCUACCUGUGUUCCUGCGCAGCUUCACCACGGGAUGGGCUUACACUCGCAUCUUGUCCAGAGGAGUGGAGAUCUUGCAGAGGCUACGUCGCUAUGAGGAAGCAGUAGAGGAGCUGCGGUCCUUACUGUUACAGUCUGUUUACUGUCCUGACAGCCGUGGGCGAUGGUGGGACAGACUGGCACUAAACCUUCACCAGCAUCUGAAGAAACCCGAGCAAGCUAUUUGCGCUAUCAGAGAUGGGCUGUCAGACCCUCUGGUGCGGACUGGGCAUAAGCUCUCUCUUCAUCAGAGAGCGGUUAGGAUGAAAGAGUCUGCCAGCUUCAAGAAGUAUCGCCUGCAACUAAAAGACCUGCCCACUAUUGAAGUCCAAGAUGUCAAACAUGUGACCAUCCGAGGACAGCUUUUCCCUCAUGAGGGGGGCACAGGGAAAUCUAUGUUUCUUUUACCAGCAAAUAGAGAGGGGGAAGAGAGUGCUAAUGCCACUGUAAUAUGCUCUGUGGAAGAGCUGUCUUUAGCACAUUACCGCCAACAAGGCUUUGACCAAGGGAUCCAUGGAGAGGGCUCAACAUUCUCAACAUUGUUUGCACUACUGCUCUGGGACAUCAUUUUUAUGGAGGGUAUUCCAGAUGUUUUCAGAAAUCCGUACCAGACAUGUCCACUGGAUCUUUACACCGACUGUUUCUAUGAGAACAGAAAAGAGGCGAUCGACUCUCGUGUGCAGUUACUCAGCGAGGCAUCAGUGGUGACUCUGCAUGACAUGUUGGUAGAUGUGUGGACCUCCCAUGAGGGUAAAGUGUGUUCAUUGGUCAACUGGGAGCGUUUCUCAUCCCUUCAACAGGCACAGUCUCUCGUGUCAUGCAUGGGUGGAGCCUUCUUAGGAGGGGUAAUAGCACGAAUGUCUAAAGACUAUAGACACUGCCGUGGGGGUUUGCCUGAUUUGGUGGUGUGGAACACCUCAAACAACAGCUACAAGUUGGUGGAGGUGAAGGGCCCCAGUGACCGGCUGUCCCAGAAGCAACAGAUCUGGCUGGAUGAGCUGCAGAAACUUGGGGCUGAUGUGGAGGUGUGUCACGUGGUGGCUACUGGAGCCAGAGGAGCUCGUCUGGAAUAAACGGACACAGACGUGCUGACUGAUAAGACUAAGCUGCUAAUUAAUCAGAGUGUGGUCAAAAGGAAACAAUGAUCUGGGUGCUUUGUUUUCAAAUUCUGGUCUUCUAGGACAGGUGUGGAUGUUUAUGUUUAUCUUUCAUACAUCACAAACUUAAUCCUAUCUGAGUGUAGGGAAUUUCGUGGCGAGGAGUGUGCCUUGUGACAUGUGGCGUUAUCAGGGAAACCUCUGCCUUCAACAGGAAGAGGUGCAUCAUGAGAUGAAGAUUAUCACUGAGGGCUGCCACAACUACAAGUAGCUUGCAGAUAAUCAGAGCUGAUGCAUGACAGGAAACACCAACCAGGCACCAAAUUGAUAGUGUUUCCUUUUCUUUGGCAACACUAUAUUUUCAGGAUCUUGGGUUGCCAAGCAAUGAAAACAUUUAGUUGGCUGCUGACGAAUUGUAUGACUGCUCUAUGAGUUUGUCACUACUCUACCAGAAAAAAACAUACAAAAUAAGGGCUGCAAAUAAAUUAUUAUUUCCAUUA